AUGUACAGUGCUACAUUGAAGUACCAUCAGAGAAAAAACUGUUUUGGAUAUAUUCAACUGCAGUACAGUGACGUAGCACUAAAGAAUAGCAUACAGGCUAAUGCGGUAACGCCUGGUGCAUACACCAUUAUUAGAUGUGAAAAUUCAACAGACUGUGGUAUAAUUCAAGUUUUUGCUCCAAAUGACCACUGUUGUUAUACACCGAAAAUAUUGCUUAUUAACAAAAUAUUCGCAGAUUUGUUUGGCCUUCGUGAAAAUGAAAAGGUAAUUGUUCAGAAGGUAAAAACAGCACCUAUAUGCAGUUCGUUUGAGGUAGAGCUGACUUCCGAGGAAGACUGGAAUAUUGUCCAAAAUUCAUCGCAACGAAUUGAAGAAUUGCUUCUGGAACAAAUUCAAUUAAUUACUGUUGGCCAAACAUAUCCAGUUUGGAUUGCUCAAAAUCUUUACAUUUAUUUCACUGUUGCUCGAAUCAAAAUAUUUUCAUCCAUGGUGCAGAAUGCUUGUCUAUGUGAAUUUACGGAGGUCCAUGUGAAACCCUUCUACUCAAAUCGUAGUAGUCUCAAGGACAGUUCAAGAGACAUUUUGAGAAUACCUCCAUUAUCAUUCGCAUGUAAAAUAAAGGAUCUAUUCUCAAAUUUCUCGCCGGAGCCAUUUAUGCUGAAGAUUCAAGAUUACUGUGGUAAUGUUCUUGACAGAACUGCAGUUCGGGUACUGCCUAAAAUACUGAUUAAUGAUGUUACCUUGAAAGAUCUGGACAUACUUGCCGUUUUUAAACUCAAUUUCAAUCAGAGUAACUCAGAAAACGUCACAUUAUCAACUGUUCAUAAUGAUGAAACCGGUCGAACCGCGCAUGCUUUACUUAUUGAACUACCGAUGUCAUGUUCCCGUUUUGCUACAUUAAGAGAUUGUUUGAAGCGAUAUGAUGCUUAUCACUGCGCUUUUUCACCCAAACUACAUCAAGUUAUGAAUGGUGAAUAUGAAUGGAUUAAAGUAUCUCCUUUACCCAGAAAUAACAUUUAUCAGCUUGAAAUCCUCGAAGUACUUUCAGAAGACAAGUUAUCUGAGAAUUUCAAUGAGUGUUUACGAAACCAUUUGUGGAAGACUUGUCGACAUUAUCCAAUCAUUGUUCCAGAUGACGGACUCAUAGUGGAAGUAAAUUUAACUCGUAAAGUUCGUAUUCAGUGUCGAAUUAAACCUCAUUUUAAUGACAAAAAUGACGAAGGGUCUCAGAAAUGUUUUGUCUUUACUAACGACAUGUUUCCUCUGCUUGAAUAUCCGAAUACUGAUUCAGUGAAAGCUAGUUUCGUGCAGAUGCUGAGAAGAAAUGGGAAUGAGGAUAUUCAUCAGGCAACUGUAAACUUUGGAGAAUGGGGGAAUGAAGCAGUUGAAUUUUCAUUCCAAAUUGCAUUUAUUGAGAAAUGUUGCUCAUAUAUUACUUAUCAUUUGGAGAAGCCUACUUUUUUUUCAUCAGAAAAUAUUCUUAUAGUGGGUAACAAAUCAGCAGGUAAAACAACGAUUCUACAUUUCCUUGCAGGAAAAUUACUCCAGUCUCACUUGGCUGUUUACAGUGAAUGUUUAUAUUGCUCUGAGUGGAAUGGAAAACCAAUUGAGAAAUUUCAAGAUGUAUUGAAAAGUACGAUAACGCGUUUAAGGCGACGUUAUCCUUCAGUCCUUUUCUUAGAUGACUUGGAUAUUUUAUUGCGUGGUCAAGAUGAGGAAGUGAGAAAUGUUCGCUUGGAAAAAUGUGCCGAAUUAGUCCGAAAUUUGGCCACUAAAAAUGAUUUGUUGGUUGUUGCAACGGCGUGCACCAAAUAUGAAGUUGUCGAACUGUUUUCGUUGAAUGCUGGUGGUCGAUUUUUUGGUCACGUGGAAGACAUCAAAGAACUUAGCCCGAUUGAACGAGCAGAAUGCUUGGAGAAAUUCUGUAAUCAAAAAAUAGAAAUAUGCAGUUUACAAUAUGCUGCCGAAACAACUGGGAAAUGCACUAUUAGUGAUUUGAAAAGAUUAGCCCAAAGAAUUAUCUUAGAAUCAGAAGUAAAAGGUCGUGAAAAAAUUAAGGAUAGUGUGGAACAAGCACUCAGGGAAUUCCAACCGAUUGCAGUGCCCUUCGAACAACUGAAACCAAGAAAUAUAGUUAAACUGAAAUGGGAGGAUGUUGGAGGAUUAAAGAACGUGAAAAAAAUUAUUACAGAAGUUUUUAUUUGGCCAACAAAAUAUCCACUGCUGUAUCGAAAUAUUUCUGUUCGUCUUGGUCGCGGAGUUUUAUUGCAUGGUCCAAGCGGAUGUGGAAAAACUCUUAUUUGUAGAACUUUAGCAGCACAAUGGGACUUCAAUGUCAUAUCCAUCAAAGGACCGGAAUUAUUAUCAAAGUUUAUUGGUGAAAGCGAAGAAAAUGUCCGGAAAAUUUUUGGAUGUGCUCGUGUUGGAAGCCCUUGUUUGAUAUUUUUCGAUGAAUUUGAUUCAUUAGGUCCAAAGCGUGGUGAGAGUGAUACAGGAGUAACGGACCGUGUGGUGAAUCAAUUGCUGACAGAACUGGAUGGAGUUGAAGGGCUAAAUGAUGUUUAUAUUAUUGGGGCUACAAAUCGAAUUGAUUUGAUUGAUAGUUCCUUAUUACGACCGGGGCGUUUCGACUACAUUGUUAAAUGUGAAUUACCCAAUAUGGAGGAGCGAAUGUCGAUUUUGGAGAUAUUUUGCCGAGGUAUGAGCUUAAGAAAUACUGAUUUUGAAGUGAUAGCAAGAGCAACACAUGGUUGGACGGGUGCUGACUUAAAAGGUUUGGUAACAAAUGCUCAGUUGAUCGCUCACAAGAGAAUAAAAGGAGCACUUGGCGACAAAGAUGUUGACCUCGAAAGAACAAAAUAUGUAAUAAAUCAAGAAGAUCUGUUGUUUGCAGUAAAGGAAUCGCAACCGAACAAGAAUAGAAGCUCUUCCGGAUUAGAUAGGAGACCUUACAUAUCACCAGGGUUGUUUACUACUUUAGCUUAA